AUGGCUGACCGGGAAGAGGGCUCCCCGGCGGGGCGGGGACUGGAUCCCGGACCCGGGCCCGGGCCUGGGCCGGAGUCAGGAGAAGACUUUGAGAUAGUGGACCGGAACCAACUGCCGAACCCUGGCGAGCUGAAGAGCGUAGCACAGCCGCGGGCAGCGACGGAAAGUUGGUCGGCGCCCUUCAUGACCCUGGCGCGAAGAGCCACGGGGAACCUGUCGGCGAACUACGGGAGCGCGCUGCGAGCGGCGGCGGGGCGCGGCGGCGGAGACAGCAGCGCUGACGGCGCGGCGCGCGCAGCUGCCAAGUGCCAGAUGAUGGAGGAGCGUGCCAACCUGAUGCACAUGAUGAAGCUCAGCAUCAAGGUUCUGCUCCAGUCUGCUCUGAGCCUGGGCCGAAGCCUGGACGCAGACCAUGCCCCCUUGCAGCAGUUUUUUGUAGUGAUGGAGCACUGCCUCAAACACGGGCUGAAAGUUAAGAAGAGUUUCAUUGGUCAAAAUAAAUCUUUCUUUGGUCCUUUGGAACUGGUGGAGAAACUGUGUCCAGAAGCAUCAGAUAUAGCCACUAGUGUCAAAAAUCUGCCAGAAUUAAAGACAGCUGUGGGAAGAGGAAGAGCUUGGCUUUAUCUUGCACUCAUGCAAAAGAAACUGGCAGAUUAUCUGAAAGUGCUUAUAGACAAUAAACAUCUCUUGAGUGAGUUCUAUGAGCCUGAGGCAUUAAUGAUGGAAGAAGAAGGGAUGGUGAUUGUCGGACUGCUGGUGGGACUCAAUGUUCUUGAUGCCAACCUCUGCUUAAAAGGAGAAGACUUGGAUACUCAGGUUGGAGUGAUCGAUUUUACCCUUUACCUUAAAGAUGUGCAGGAUCUCGAAGGUGGCAAAGAGCAUGAAAGAAUUACUGAUGUCCUUGAUCAAAAGAAUUAUGUGGAAGAACUCAACCGGCACUUAAGUUGCACUGUUGGGGAUCUUCAGGCCAAGAUAGAUGGCUUAGAAAAGACAAAUUCAAAGCUUCAAGAAGAGCUUUCAGCUGCAGCGGGCCGGAUUUGUUCACUUCAAGAAGAACAGCACCAAUUGAGAGAACAAAAUGAAUUAAUACGUGAAAGAAGUGAAAAGAGUGUGGAGAUAACAAAACAGGAUACAAAAGUUGAGCUGGAGACUUAUAAGCAGACUCGGCAAGGUCUGGAUGAGAUGUAUAGUGAUGUGUGGAAGCAGUUAAAAGAAGAAAAAAGAGUCCGAUUGGAACUAGAAAAAGAAUUGGAAUUACAAAUUGGAAUGAAAACUGAGAUGGAAAUUGCCAUGAAGUUACUGGAAAAGGACACCCAUGAGAAACAGGACACUCUAGUCGCUCUUCGCCAGCAGCUGGAAGAAGUCAAAGCAAUUAACUUACAGAUGUUUCAUAAGGUUCAGAACGCAGAAAGCAAUUUGCAGCAGAAGAAUGAAGCCAUCACAUCUUUUGAAGGAAAAACCAAUCAAGUUAUGUCUAACAUGAAACAAAUGGAAGAAAGGCUGCAGCACUCGGAGCAGGCCAGGCAGGGGGCUGAGGAGCGGAGCCACAAGCUGCAGCAGGAGCUGGGUGGGCGGGUCGGCGCGCUGCAGCAACAGCUCUCCCAGCUGCAUGCACAGUGCUCAAGUCUAGAGAAAGAGUUGAAAUCCGAAAAAGAGCAAAGACAAGCUCUUCAGCGAGAAUUACAGCAUGAGAAAGACACGUCUUCUCUACUACGAACAGAGCUACAGCAAGUAGAAGGAUUAAAGAAGGAGCUGCGGGAGCUCCAGGAUGAGAAGUCAGAGUUACAGAAGGUAUGUGACGAGCAAGAGCAAGCCCUCCAGGAAAUGGGACUGCACCUCAGCCAGUCAAAGCUGAAGAUGGAAGACAUAAAAGAAGUAAAUAAGGCACUGAAGGGCCACACUUGGCUGAAAGAUGACGAAGCAACACACUGUAAGCAAUGUGAAAAGGAGUUCUCAAUUUCCCGGAGGAAGCACCACUGCCGCAACUGUGGUCACAUCUUCUGCAACACAUGCUCCAGCAACGAGUUAGCCCUGCCAUCUUACCCCAAGCCAGUACGGGUGUGCGACAGCUGCCACACUCUGCUUCUGCAGCGCUGUUCCUCCACUGCUUCCUAA